CCAGAGAGAAGCAGUAGUGGCACCCCCUUGGUCAUAGACAUGCGGAGAAUACAAACUGAAAAAACCCUGAGACAGAGAGGAUGUUAAACAUGGUGGGGUUUCAGCCGAUGAAGAUGAAGCGGAAGGACUUCGAAGAAGCUUAUGAUGAAUUCUCCGAUUUUUCUCUAUCUUCCCCCGCCAGAAAGAUCAGAAGACUGGAUGCGGAUUUGCCACCAAUCAUGGGAGAAGAAGAGGCCCUCAAAAUCUCUCUGGAUUUUGAACAACAGCCAUUGUCGGAACAUCUCGAUACCAGUAAACAGCAAUCAGGAGCUGUAAUGAAAGAGGCAGUGCUGUCUGCUCAUCUGAAUGAAGAGAAGGCUUUAGUACUUUAUAAUCCAGCGAAUACACCAUUAUUGAAAGUUCCAAGUUCGUCGGACUUAUCAAUCACAGUCAAUUCGGACUUGAUUCUCAGUCUGAAGAAUCACAUGUUAUGGUCAACUCAUACAAAACCAGUAAGAACAGCAGAUGAUGUAGCAGCAUCUUCAGACAAAAACAGAGCGGUGGCAAAUGAUAGCUUAGCUGUUGUUUCGUGGGUUCCAUCUCAGCUUCCUCCAUAUGAUGCUGGAAUGACGGAGGUACCAGCAGCAGAAGCGCUAGAGCCAAUGGAGGCUGAAUUAAAUGGUAUGAUGAUGGAAACUGAAGGCGAGAUCCCAGGACAAGCACGGAGAGCUGGUGCAAUGGUGGGGGUUGAACUUCAAGCCUUACAGCAGUGGCAGCAAGAGCAUUGUAUGAUUCCAGAGCUUCCCCAAAACACAUCAGCUCCUGUCAUGUGGUCGUGGUAAUAGUUUUGUAUGUAGUGAGCUGAUAGACUCACAUCAUGUUUUGUUGUUCUUUUUUUAAACCUUCAUUGAUCUCACCCCCUUUUAUGGAGCUGAACAGAACCAAGAGGAAUGUGUGAGAUUGGGGCCUAUUAACUUGUUGAUUGGGCUGUUCUUCUUCUUCUUCUUCUUUUGGGUUAUUAGCUUGUUGUACAAAGAAAGUAGAUGCAAGAAUAUUUACCUUGAAUGAACUCAGUCAUUUGAAAGUC